AUGAGAGAGCCCCAUGGAAGCCCUACGGAAGGUGCGGACCUCAAGAAGGUAGCAGAGAUCCUCUACGGCAUUGCCAGAUGGGGCGAUGGUAUUGGGAGAAGAAGAACUGCUUUGGGCGCGCCCUCUCCACAGCGCUCGACGUAUGCGCUGGCGCGUCUUGACUCUUUAGGUGGUAAUGAUACAGAAGCGAGGCAAAAGAAGCGUGAUUGGGCCUCGUCCUCGAGUCCCUGCAACAAGUCACGACUGCAGCUCAACGGCCCCCGACUAAUCCCAUACUACUGCGAAGCCGCCAGCCGCCUGGAAAGCGCAUACCGUGUGCGAAAUACAGCGGGGGAGCUGCUUCAGAUUGGUGGCCGUGCCAGACCGCCAGACUUGCCCACGACCUCCAUGUCGCCAUGGAGCUGUCCAGGCGAUGACUUGCAGGAACAGCACAUCGCAGUGGGACGAAUGAGGACCAGCCCGCCGAGUGCCUCAGCUCAGACCCUCUCCUUCUCACACCAGCCAUCCCCGCCUCGCACAGAGACUCGUCGACAACGCACGCUUUGGAUCGGCGCCGUCGUCGCUCUGAUGGAAGCUUCGGCGACGCUCUCCCGCCGCUGGUGCUGGCCGUGUUGA